AUGUUAUGUGCAGUCGCACUGGAUGCAAAUAACCAUCUAUAUCCAGUUGCAUUUGGUAUUGUGGAUAGUGAGAAUCAUGAUUCUUGGAAGUAUUUCAUGUCAAAGCUAAAAGAAGCGAUUGGGGAAGUCGAGGACCUGGCGUUUGUAUCUGACAGGCAUGCAAGUAUUACACAUGCCUUGGAAACUAUUUUCCCCGAUGCCUAUCACGGUGCUUGCUACCACCACAUUAGUAUGAAUGUGGUUGCUAAAUUCAAGACUGAUCAUUGUCAUGUGUUGAUGUAUAAUAUAAUGACAAGCAAUUACGCUGAAAGUUUCAACAAUAAGACCCGGGACGCUAGGAGCUUUCCGAUAACUACAUUCGUCGAAUUUAUUCGCUUCACACUACAGUCCUGGUUCUGUAAUAGGAGAGAAACUAGCGAGAAGACAACUACCACUCUUGCACCGACCUAUGAGAAAAAUUUGGUGGAUAUGGCUGAGAAAGCUCGAUUCUUGAUUCCUUAUGCAAUAGGGAGGCAUGAGUUCCAUGUGUUAGUUGGUGAGCUGAAUGGUGAAGUCGACCUCCUGAAUAAGACAUGCACAUGCGGCGUGUUUCAGAUUAUUGGUAUCCCAUGUGCUCAUGCACUAUCUGGAUCCCUUAAGCGAGGGGUGAACUUUUAUUCAUUGUGUUCAGAUUACUAUAAAAUUGAGACAUGGAGGUCCUCUUACACAGAAUCUAUAUAUCCUACUGGUAACGAGGAAGAGUGGAUUGUUCCACAUGACAUUAUGACAAUAACAGUGAGAACACCUGCGCAGAAAAACCUGGUUGGUCGUCCAAAGAAGAAACAAGGUAGGCCUAAGACGAAACGCCAUCCUUCCAAUGAAGAUAAAUUGGUUGUUCCACGCAAGUGCAGCACUUGUGGAGGUCAAGGCCAUAAUAGGGCAACUUGUAAAGUUCGUGUUUGA